GAUUCGUAGGAGCCCACCACUGUUCAUGAACGCAACAGACCAAAAUCUUCCACUUCCAGAAUCGAAUUCAGAGUUGAAAUCGUAUCGGAGAAUCAAAAUCAGCUGCUCCGACAUCUCAGAUUUCUCCGGAAAAUCUUCGUUGAUUCCAUUGUUCUGGAUAUCCAUCACUCCGAAACAUCUCAAGAACUUUAUUUCUUUCAUUUCAAGAAUAUCUGAAUUUUGGAUUAUACCGACGCGAGAGCGAAUGCGAUUGUUGUGAAGUGGAACAUGUAUUCAGUGUGGUUAUGAGUAUUUGGCGACGAGGCGUGCAUAUGCUCGUGGGUUGUGAGGUUGGCGGAUUGAUAUUUUUCUACAUUUGGUUUUGGAAAUGGGGAAGAAGAAGCGGCAUGGUGGGGGAGGGAGUGGGAAGAGGAGCAAGGGAAGGACGCCACUGAAAGAUUACUCGUUGAGUGGUGAAGAGAGUGAGCUUCUAUCAGAAGAGAUGACUGCGAUUUGUGCGAUUUUUCAAGAAGACUGCAAAGUUGUUACUGGCCCACCUCCUCAAGUUACCAUCAAACUUAGGCCAUAUUCAAAUGCCAUGGGGUUUGAGGAUCUAGAUGUAUCUGCUCUUCUUUCAGUGAAGUACUUGCCCGGAUAUCCAUACAAAUGUCCAAAAUUGCUUAUAACUCCAGAGAAAGGUUUGUCAAAAGGCGACACUGAUAAGUUGCUUUCUCUUCUUCAUGAUCAGGCAAAUUAUAACGCUCGAGAUGGAAGGAUAAUGGUUUUCAAUUUGGUAGAGGCUGCUCAGGAGUUUUUGUCAGAAUUAGUAACGGUUGGCUGUUCUCAUUCAGAUAAAAAUUCUCAAUUGCUUCUAGAUACAGUAACUUCAAGUGCAAAGAAAGGUCCUUAUGUUCAUGGCUAUAUAGACCUCUUCAGUGGUUCUGGGGAGUUGUGGAGCUGGAGCUUUGACAUGGAAGAGAACCUCAACUCACAAGCACAACCUCUUACAGAAGAUAGCUUGAAACUGGGAGAAGUCCAAGAAAAGAAGCUUAAUAAAUUUCAGAACUUAUUCACAGGAAAAACUUCAAAGCGAGGCGAAUUACCGUCUCCUUCCUCUAACUUAGGUACACUUGAGGAAGAAAGUGAAGAUGACAGUCAGAGCAUAACUUCUUCUCAUUCAAGAAGAUCGCUAAUGGUGCAGAGGGCGGGAGAUGGUAUUAAAGCUGAGAAGCAGCAUGACGUCUUUAUGCCUGCACAAGAUUCUAUUCUUACAGACCAUGUUGCCGAAGAUGAUGACCAUGGAUCUGAAAGUGAGCCUUCAGAGUGGUCUUUUGCUUCCUUGAGUAAUGAUCAAGAGUCCCAAACUACCAAUAGGGAUAUAAUGAUGGUUCAUUUGCUCCAUCUUGCAUGUGCCCCUAAAGGACCAUUGGCUGAUGCUCUGCCAAAAUUGGCAUCUGAACUUUAUAAUUUGGGGGUCCUCUCUGAAGUGGCUCUGGAUUUGACUUCGAAACCAUCAUCCAUGUUUCAUAAAAAAUUUGAGACUGCUUUCCAAGAACAAAUGAAUGCUACUAGUUUCUCCCAGUUUUGGAACCCUUCUGAUUUUGGCGGCCCAACAUCUUCUCAACUGAGUUCUCGGUAUCUGAAUGAUUUUGAGGAGCUAAAGCCCCUUGGUCAUGGUGGUUUUGGACACGUAGUAUUAUGUAAAAAUAAAUUAGAUGGACGACAAUAUGCAGUGAAAAAAAUUCGCCUCAAGGACAAAAUACUGCCUGUCAAUGACCGCAUCUUAAGGGAGGUGGCCACUCUUUCCCGUUUGCAACACCAACAUGUUGUUCGGUAUUAUCAGGCAUGGUAUGAAACUGGGUUUUCUGAUUCUUAUGGAGAAACGGCUUGGGGAUCAACAACUCCGCUGAGCUCUACUUUCAGCUAUAAAGGUGUGAGUGCAGCAGAUACACUGGAACAUGAGAGUAAGCUGGAAUCAACAUAUCUGUAUAUCCAAAUGGAAUAUUGUCCUAGGACUCUUCGCCAGGAUUUUGAAUCAUAUACUCAUUUUGAUAAAGACUUGGCAUGGCAUUUAUUCCAUCAAAUUGUGGAAGGUUUGGCACAUAUACAUGGACAAGGGAUCAUUCAUCGGGAUUUAACUCCAAAUAACAUUUUCUUUGAUGCCCGCAAUGAUAUCAAAAUUGGGGAUUUUGGUCUUGCUAAGUUCUUGAAGCUGGAGCAAUUAGAUCAGGAUCUAGGCGUUCCUCCAGAUACAAUUGGAGUUUCAAUUGAUGGUACUGGUCAAGUUGGGACCUACUUUUACACAGCACCUGAAAUUGAACAAGGAUGGCCAAAGAUUGAUGAAAUGGCUGAUAUGUACAGUUUAGGUAUUGUGUUUUUUGAACUCUGGCACCCUUUUGGAACUGCGAUGGAAAGGCACCUUGUUCUAUCUGAUCUGAAGCAGAAAGGAGAGAUUCCAAAUGCUUGGAUUGCUGAAUUUCCUGAACAAGCGUCCUUGUUACGACGUUUAAUGUCUCAAAGUCCAUCCGAACGUCCUUCGGCCUUGGAACUUCUCCAGCAUGCUUUUCCUCCAAAAAUGGAGUAUCAAUUAUUAGACAACAUUCUGCGGACGAUGAAAACAUCAGAGGACUCAAGUAUAUAUGAUAGAGUUGUUAAUGCUAUUUUCGAUGAAGAGACAUUAGUGACAAAAGGUGACCAACAUGAUUGUGGUACUGCCUCUAUCCAGUACACAGAUUUGGGCACUGAGGUUCGUGAUCAUGUUAUUGAUGUCACAAGGGAGAUGUUCAGACUGCACUGUGCAAAGCAUUUGGAAAUUAGCCCCAUGUAUUUGUUGGAUGGCUCUGAGCAAAUUAAUAGGAACACGGUCAAAAUUUUGACUCAUGGAGGAGAUAUACUUGAACUCUGUCAUGAGCUGCGUUUACCUUUUCUUAAUUGGAUUGUCUCUAGUCAGAAAUCUUCAUUUAAACGAUAUGAUAUAUCGUGCGUUUAUAGAAGAGCAAUUGGGCAUUCACCUCCAAACCGAUACCUUCAGGGUGAUUUUGAUAUCAUUGGAGGUACAUCGGCUUUGACUGAGGCAGAGGUUAUCAAGGUGACUGUGGACGUUAUUUCUUAUUUUUUCUAUUCAGAUUCUUGUGAUAUACACUUAAAUCAUGGAGAUCUGUUGAAUGCUAUUUGGUCUUGGGCUGGUGUUAAGGCAGAACAUAGGCAUAAAGUGGCAGAGCUUCUUUCUAUGAUGGUAUCCUUACGUCCUCAAUCUUCUGAGAGGAAAUCGAAGUGGGUUGUGAUAAGGCGCCAACUAUUACAGGAACUCAAAUUAGCAGAAGCUGUUGUAAAUAGAUUGCAGACUGUAGUUUUGAGGUUCUGUGGUGCAGUGGAUCAGGCACUUCCUAGAUUGAGAGGUGCCCUUCCAACAGAUAAAUCUAUGCGUAAAGCACUUGAUGAGUUGUUAGACCUUUUUAACUACUUGAGAGUAUGGAAGAUUGAAACAAAUGUUUACAUAGAUGCCUUAAUGUCACCAACGGAGGAUUAUCAUCGGGACAUAUUUUUUCAGGUAUACUUAACAAAGGAAAAUAAUCCUGGCUCACAUCCUGAAGGUGCAUUGCUUGCUAUUGGUGGCCGCUAUGACUAUUUGCUGCAACGGAUGUGGAGCCGUGCAUAUAAAACUACUCCUCCCGGUGGUGUCGGGACCAGCAUAGCGCUAGAGACUAUAAUUCAGCAAUCUGCUGUAGAUUUGAAACCCAUCCGAAAUGAGGGGAGCACCAGUGUCCUGAUUUGUUCGCGAGGCGGAGGGGGACUAUUGUUAGAACGCAUGGAACUUGCUGGGGAGCUGUGGGAGGAGAAGAUUAAGGCUCAGCUCGUCCCUACACCUGAUCCAAGUCUCACAGAGCAAUAUGAAUAUGCUAGUGAGAAUGACAUAAAAUGUCUUGUCAUCAUAACAGACUCUGGUGUAUCUAACACAGGUUCAGUAAAGGUUCGACAUCUAGAACUCAAAAGGGAGAAGGAAGUCGAACGCUCCUACAUCAUCAAGUUUCUACAGGAGGCAAUGGCGAACCAGUUUAAAAAUCCCCUCAUAUGGAAUUAGGACUGUCCGCCACUGCAUUACUUAGCCUUGUACUCGGUCAUCAUACUUGACGAUGUUAUUUAAAUCGCAACAUCAGAGAUGUUCUACCAAGAGUUUUCCAACCAUGUGACAUUACCAUCUUAAGAAUCAGAUUCCACAGCCACCCCCUGAAACAGAGAGAAAAGAACAUUGUCCAGGUCUUCUCUACCAUGCUCAAUUCAGAUUAGUGUCAAUGGAAUCAAGCAGCAACCGAGGUGAUGAGUCGAUUUUAAGCCAUCCAUCCCACAGAGAACACUGUACAGUUCUGGGGCUAAACAACAUAGUAUAGAUUGAUGUAAAUAAGAUAAAUAUGUUCAGUUAUAUAUUGUGAAUGCUAUUUGGAACUCAGUUUAUAGAUUUUGUUUUCCUUUCUGUUCA